AUGCGUGUUAUUCAUUUAUAUCUAAUAGUGCUGAGUGCUCUGCUGCCCSUGCUGGCAGUGGGCGCUGCUGCUGCUGCUGCUCCAGCAGCGGAAAUGAAGCAACUGUUGUUGGCGGAUGUAAAUCAGGCAGCGGAUCAGCAGGAGAUGCCGGCUUUGCGCUUGGCCAGGCAGUUAGGCAACAUCGGACGUUUUGGACGUUUCGGCGGUGCUCGGUUUGCUGGCGGAGGUGGCCGACGAUUUGGAGGCGGCAGAUUACCUUUCGGAUACAGCAGGCGUCGCGUUGCCUUCGGCAGACGGCGUUUAGCCAAUCCUGGUUCCUUCUACCCACAGCCAUUUGGCUUUUUUGGCUAA